GCAGUGUGUACACUUGCCAGCUGCCUUCGAUCUUCGUCUUCCUCGUAGUACCAUUCCACCUUUUUGCUUCUUCUUCGUCUUCUUCUACACAUCCGCCUCCAAUUCCAUGCCUAGGCCUGCUUGAGCUGCCAUCCGCCCGGAGAUACUGUACUCCUUCUCCAUGACUUGAUUCAACCCCUGCGAUCAAUGGACUCGCUCUCUUCUCCCACGUGUUCAAACGAAUUGGUUUGGAUGUGACGCACCCUUUUUUUGGAGAUUAAGAUGGAACCGGUGGGAUGAAAGCAUCAGGAUUCGUCCUGAAUGCAGGAAGAGCAUGAGAAACACUUUUUCUGUUCCUUUUCCCCUGUGCUAAAAGCUAUGGCGAAGAAAGGUAUACUGUAGUGCUUUCAGUAGUCGAAGCGGUUGCUAUGCAGCUCCCAUGGCCAUGCUUGUAAAACGCACUCCUGCUCAUGGCGCAAAAGAAGAAAGCAUCCGCUUCUCGCACUGCCACUGUCAACGUCCCAGUGUCUCCUGCUCCGCUGGAAAAUGCUCCAGUUUGGUUUAUUUCAACUAGUCCGUAUGUUGCCGAUUCGCGAGGGGCGGUGGCAGUGCCAGAGUCCCAUGCUGGAACAGUAGCAGAAGUGUUUUUAUCAGCGAAUGAAGGAGGAGGAGGGCAGCGAAAGAGAGAUGCAACGGAUCCUGGAAAUGGUGGUGCCACGGGCAAAUGUCUUGGGAAAGGAGGCUCACCUGCCGUGCUUUCGAACGGCAUUGGGAAGGUGCUGCCGGUCGUCCGUUGGGGAGGAUCUAGUGUCACUAGCGGCGAUACGGAUGAAUCUGCGAGUGCUGCUCUCGUGAAAAGGGAGUGUGAGAAGGCAUUGGUAGCUUUACGGAGAGGAAACAGCACUAAAGCUUUGAAGCUUAUGAGAGAUGUAUGUAGUCGAAAUGAGGCUUCUGGUAUAGCACACCGUGUGCACGGCCAUAUUUUCAUGCGUCAAGCGGCUGUCAUCGAGGACUCGAGGACCAAGCAAAAGCAUUUUCAAUCUGCUCUUGAAAGCGCCAGAAAAGCUGCUUCUCUCUCUCCUCAGUCAGUAGAGUACGCGCACUUUUAUGCUCAGCUUCUCUAUGAAGCUGCAAAGGACAGCAAAGGAUACGAAGAUGUUGUUCAAGAAUGUGAAAGAGCUCUACGUAUUGAUGAUCCUGUUGAUCCAGCGAGAGAGGACCUGCACCAUGAGCAGCAGCAGGAGCUACUUACUGCUGAGGCCCGCAUUGCUCAUGUGCACCAGGAAUUGCGGUCUUUGAUGCAGAAGGCAAAUUUAACCUCUAUUUCCACAUGGAUGAAGACACUGGGAAGUGGGAUGGGUGAGGAGAAGCUUCGAUUUGUACAGAUGCGGAAGUUUGCUAAUCAGGACCCAAUGGAGCAAAGAGUUUCUCUGCCUAAACGUCCGCAUGAGGUCAAGAAAGUGGUGAAAACUCCUGAAGAAAGGCGGAAAGAGAUCGAGUUGCGAGUUGCUGCCGCACGGUUGUUGCAACAGAGGGAUUCAUCAGCCGAUGGUGGCAUAGAUUACCCUGAGGAUCAUGAAAAAUCACUUCAGAAGAAGCUUGAACGACGAAAAUCUAGUGGGCUAAACUCGAGGAAAAUUUCCAAGCCCCUUUCCAUAGAUGAAAGAAUAGACCGGGUGCGACAGUUCUGGUAUGACCUUACACCUGAGAAAAGAGAGAGUAUGCUUGAAGUGUCGAUUGCUAAACUGAAGGAUCAUUUGGCAUCUUGGAAGGUUGGCGGUGGACUUGUCAAAAGUCACGCUGCAUCUGAUGCUCUUUCUGAGGCUCUGGAAUUCGCACAGGAGUAUAAGACUUGGCGUUUCUGGGCAUGUUGCAAAUGCGGGGAAAGAUUUGUCAGCUACCACGAUCUUAGUCAUCAUACUUUGGAGAAGCAUAUGCCAACCCUCCCUCAGGAAUUACAACAGAUGAUUCCUCAAGAGUUCGACCAAGAGUGGAUGGAUCAGCUACUGGACGAAGACUGCCGACCCAUCGAUGGUGUUGCAGCUGUGAAGCUGCUUAUUAAAUGUGCUUGCUCGUUUCUGUCCGAUGACUUACAAGCUGCAGAAACUACUGUGAUAGAGUGCGAGGAUUCGAAGUUUUCUCAGAAAUCUACGGAUAAGGUCAUCAAUGCCAAGAGUGUUGAGGAUGCCAAAGAAGUAAGCCUUGAAACCUUCAAAGAUAUUGAAGCAGGUCCUGAUCAAGGAGCUAGUGGAGUAGGUCAGGAAUAUAUGCGCGCCUGCAAAGGAGAUUGUCGAAAUGGGAUGCAAAUAGGCCGGACCGCCAAAGUAGAUGUUCCUUCUCAAGAUUUACCACUUGUAGACGACGAGGCAAGGAAAAAGCUGUUGGAGAAGAUUCACGGUCUUUUCAAGGUUCUCAUUAAGAACAAGUGCUUAACACGUGACUAUGUUUCAAAGAUCAUUGAAUAUUCUACCGAGGAAAUUCAGUCAUUAUUUUCAAGUCCAGCAAGACAUGAUGAAUUCAACCCAUCACCUUUGUAUAUUCGCUUCUUGGAGCUAAAACCUCUUCAGCAUGUAUAUAAUUAUCUUGUAGAGCUUGCUCAGGCAUGUGGAGUAAAUCGCUAUUCAGAAAACACGGUUCAUCGUGGUAAUGGAGAAGGUGGUGAGGAAGAGACUAUAGAAGAUCGAAUGUUUCCUAACGAGGAUUUCACAAAUCUCUUGUUGGAUGAGCGCGUGUUAAAGGAGUUUCCUAAGGAGCUACUUUCACCUACUGAUGCCCUUGAGCAUAGAGGACCUAAGGAAUUUGUGGUUGAGAAAGACGCUGUAUCUCACCGACAGCGUUUGCCUCUCAUGAAAGGGAAUAAUGGAGAGCUAAGUACCAAGCACAUGGAUCGUCAGCUUUCAUGGAUAUUUGGUACUACAGGGUAUGAAUAUCAGCCAUCUGGCUGGAAGCAGUUUCGAGAGGAGCAGGGACGAAGUGGUCGUGAUGUGUGCCGUGCAUAUGAAAACGACUUUGCAAAUCUACUCGACUUAUGUAAACAGAAGUACGAGCUUGUCAGUGAUGAGGACGCUCUGAACCUUGUCAAACGAUCAUGUCUUGAAGAAAAUAAGAGAAGAGAAUAUCAACCUGAUGGCUCCGUUAGUCGUUCUUCCGAUGGAAGCUUGGGAGUUCGUGUGAGUGACUGGGAUGGAUAUGAAACGAGUGCCUGGAAAACGCAAGAGUUUGUCCAAUGUGCUGAUCGUCGCGCGGAUGCUUAUUCUCUUGUGGAUGCUGCAAGAAUUCGACAAAGAGGAAAGCUUUCAAAUAAGAACUAUUCGAGCCAACCUUUCAGCGAAGAUGAAAAAGGGAAACUGGUUAUGUUGCAGGUUAACCACCUGGAUGCAAAGAUAAUGAGGGCAACAGAUGAUCUGCUGAAGAAGGAGAUCAAACUUGGACAGUUAGCGGUUCUUAACUACAGAGCAGUUGUUCUUCCUCUUGUGAAGAGUCUUCUUCAGACUCGGUUAGAGACAGAAGCCGAAAGGGAUGCCCAGCAAAAAUUAGACGCAGUUCAAGAAGCUUUACUUGCAGAGCUUGCUAAGGAUCAGAAAAGCUCAGCACCUAAAGAAGUGGAACAUCAGAAGCAAGUCCGUGGUAAAUCAAAAGACAAGAAGAAAGUUAAAGAUAAAAAGAAAUUUAAGGAUGCUAAGCGCGGAUCUACCAAUUCAGAACCGCAGGAUGAAACGCCCAGUGUGGAUCUAGAUGAAGAUAAGGGUGACAACUGGGAUUGGGUAGUCAGAGAUGACCUGAAUCAACAGCGGGAGUUUGAAAUUCAGCACCAAGCUUUAUUAUUUGAAGAGGAACGCAAGCUUAUGGAAGCACUUGAGUUGCAGCGGCGUGUGGAAGAUGAAGCCAAGCAAAAACAUCUGGCUGAGCAAGAACGAAAGAAAAAAAUAGCAAAACAGGCCAUGAAGGUCUUGGAGAAAGAGGCUGUUGGCACUUUUCCUUUUACGAGUGAAUCGGUUGAUGUGGUCAGCUCCACUAUGUUACCAACAAGUUCGACACUACUCUUGUUGGCUCAGAAUGGACAUCAACAUCUCACUGAAAUGGCAGAUCCCGUGAAUUUUCAAUUAGUGCUUCCAACAGUAGUGGCACACAGUUCUGGAGGUACUUCCCAUUCCCCUGCUCUUUCAGCUUGGAAAAUGCAGCCUGUCCCAGAUCAGAAUGUCCCUCAAAUCUCUGGGAACAUGAAUGGUAGUGCGGAUUUCGAUUUGGAGGUCACUGAGCAGCAACUGGUGAAAGAUGAAUCCAACAAGACGUUGGAGAAAGCAGGCUUUGCGGGUCACACACCGUUAGCAGGCAGUAACACUUUACUAUCAGGGGAUGGUGAGCACUCCAAUGCUGUACAAAAGAAACCAAGAAACGGUAGCCGGAACCGGCGUAGAAAGGGUCCUCGCAUCUAUGCUGAAGAAGGUAUAGUAGGAGAUCAGGAUACACAGUCUUGUAAUGCUCAUGAAUCUGUUAAUGGUCCAAAAACACUUUUACGCCAGAAGAUCCCUAAAGAGCACGGGGGAAUACUAACCAUAGAUAACUCGAAGUCAUUUCUCCGUCAAAACGCCACGCGAAGUUAUGGUGCUGCACCAACAAAUGGACUGCAUCCAGUACAACCACUCCUUCUGUUACCUGCUCCUGCAUCUGAAGCUGCUGGAGAGCAUGAGGGGAAGAAGAGCUUGCGGCAGCUUCAAGCAGAGCAAGACGAUGAGGAGCGAUUUCAGGCUGAUUUGGAGCAGGCCAUGCGUCAGAGCUUAGACAUGUUGACGUCGCAGUCAGCAGCCUCAGUUGUCCCCAACCAUGUACCUUCGUCUCCAAUUCACACUGUAAGAUCAAAUGGGACAUCUGGCGAUCAUAGAGCGCAGCAGCUGUUAGAGACAGGAAUCAUUGGACCUAUAACCGGCGUUGUUGAGACAUCUUCGAAGGAAAUUGAAGAGUUUGGGAAAGGUUUGAGAAACGAAAUUGGGCAGUACAACUGUUUUCUCAAUGUUGUCAUACAGUCACUCUGGCAUUUGAGGCGGUUUCGGGAGGAGUUGUUGGCUGACACAAGUACGCAGCAUGUGCAUAUUGGGUCGCCAUGCGUGGUUUGUGCACUGCGUGAUAUCUUUUUGGGUUUGGAUGCGCCUAUUCACAAUAGCAGCAGUAGAGAUGCAGUUGCACCGAUCGCUUUGCGGGUGGCUCUCAGUGCAUUAUAUCCAGAUAGCGACCUAUUUAAACAGGGGCAAAUGAAUGAUGCUUCUGAAGUCUUGGGAGUUAUUUUUGAGUGCUUACAUAAGGCUUUUGUCCCGAAUGCUACUUCUGUUGGAAAUUCAGAGAGUAGCAUAACACGAGGAUCGUGGGAUUGCUAUGAGGAGUUUCCAUGUAUGGCCCACGCUUUGUUUGGGCUGCAAGUUGCUGAGCAAAUGAACUGCCAAGGUUGUCAUUUGGAGUCUCGUCACUUCAAGUACACGACUUUCUUUCACCACAUUAAUGCGAGUGCACUGCGCUCUGCCAAGGCUCUGUACGAGGAAAGCUCUAUGGAUGAUCUGCUAAAACUUGUUGAUAUGAACGACCAAUUAACAUGUGAUAGAACCGAUGAUGGUGGUUGUGGGAGACAAAACCACAUGCAUCAUUUCCUGCAAGCUGCCCCUCAUGUAUUUACCACAGUGCUGGGUUGGCAGAAUGGACGUGAGAGCUUUGAAGAUAUAUCAGCUACAGUGGAUGCUAUUGACGUUGCAUUGGACGUUGGUGUUAUCUAUUGUGGCCUCGACAAAGGCUUUCAGCACAGACUUGUUUCUGUUGUAUGCUAUUAUGGCCUUCACUAUCAUUGCUUUGCUUAUAACCAGGAGCUCGGGAGAUGGGUAAUGUUUGAUGACAGCACAGUGAAGGUUAUUGGGGAAUGGAAAGAUGUGGCAAGCACAUGUCGGAGAGGCCAUUUGCAGCCUCAGGUGCUUUUUUAUGAGACGGUAGCAGCAAGAUCUGAGGCAAUGUCGGUAACUGUGUGUCAAUGAGUUGUUGUCACGUCUAGGAUUGAAGUUGAGGAUUUCGUUGGUUUGUGUAGGCAAAUGAGUGGAAUCCUCAUUACCGGGUACAAAUCAUCCCACUGCUGAGCAAUUCCGUUUGUGUUGUAUCAUUGAAAAGGCCACAACGGGUUGUCUUCAGUGAUACGUAGGCUUGAAAGGUAUAGUUUGGAUAUGGUGAAGGCUUUGAUGUAGCUCCACUGUUUUUCCUCUUGCAUCCCUUUCGUGAAAUGUAGCUAUUCUAGAGUAGCGUGUACAGUUAAGAGGCAGAAACGGACGACCCGUUAAAUCUUACUACUGCACCUUGCGAAGGGCUGCAUGGACAUUUUCUGGAAUUCUUAAGAUCGCUGAAUUCCUGAGAUAUUUUUCCAGGGAGCACAUUGCUGUCAAAACGAAAGUUAGGUUUCCGUACUCGGUGAUUGAUCCAUGUAAGUGGGGACUCUUUUAGUUGUAGUAUGCUUGCAGGUAGGCUCUUCACUUUUAGGUGAAUAUGGAGUCAAAUUCAAGACUCGAAACAAUAUGUGAGCCACUAAGGCAUGUAAUGUACACUGUCAAGCAAGAGGAAUCCUUGUCUCUGAUUGACCGAACAGGAGUCGUGGUAUCAUUCUGCCGACAAGUUUUGUACUGGUAAGGUUAUAAAUUUAAGCCAUUUUUAAUAAAGCUUUUGCCUGUGGGCUGGCCCAUAAUUACUAAUAAA